AUGCCUCCAAUCAUGUCAACCAAGAAGAUCGAGCAGUGGGAAAUCGAACGGUACUGGGAGAUCUUCGCAUCGCUGGCAGGCGGCCAGCCGCGUUUGAACAACUCCCAAGCGGCCUCGGUACUCAGGAACAGUCGGCUUCGUGAUGACCAACUGGAAAAGGUCUGGGACCUGGCAGAUGUUGAUGGCGAUGGCGAACUGGAUUUUGAGGAGUUCUGUGUUGCCAUGCGAUUGGUGUUCGACCUUGUCAAUGGGGAACUACAAGCAGUGCCAAACGUUCUUCCGGAUUGGCUUGUGCCCGAAUCCAAAGCUCAUUUAGUUCAUGCGACCCGGGCCCUGAGCGGUCGUCCAGAGCAAUUCGAACGGAUAGAAGACGAGGAUGACACUCCCGGCUUGAAAGAUGGCUUUGAAUGGUACAUGAACCCAUCCGAUAAGUCUAAAUACGAAGAAAUCUAUCUCGCGAACAAGAACCACCGCGGGGAAAUCUCCUUCGAAUCGUUACAGCCUCUUUACGACUCCCUUGACGUCCCGGACACAGACAUCCGCUCUGCAUGGAACCUAGUCAACCCUUCUGCUUCCCCGACCAUCAACAAAGACGCUACGCUUGCAUUCUUGCAUAUGCUUAACUACCGCCACGAGGGCUUCCGCAUUCCCCGCGCCAUUCCUGCAUCCCUGCGCGCUUCGUUCGAGAACAACCAGAUCGACUACCAAGUCGACAAUGCUCGUCCCGCCCAGAAAUGGGGCGCAAGCGGCGAUACGGAGACCCUCACGGGCAAGAAAGCCAAGUUCGGAGAUACCUACUUGAGUCGACUGGGUGCCGGAGGAAAGACAUCCUAUACACCCAAGGGCACGGAUUUCAGCGACACCAUCCAGGAUGAAGAGUGGGAGAAGGUUCGGUUGAGGCGCGAGCUGGCGGAGAUCGAGUCCAAGCUGGAUUCUGCUAGAAAGGCCUCCGAAGGACGACGCGAUCGACCUCGGAACGACGGCCGGCCCAACUGGGUGUUGAUCAAGAAAGAAGCACUCCAGCUGCUGGAGUACAAGGAGCGGGAGCUACGGGAGCUGCGUGAAGGCGCGGGCCGAUCCAAAGACGGCCAGAACGUAGAACGUCUCAGAGAUGAUGUCAAGACCGUUGGCGAGCAAGUCGAAGGUUUGAAGAGCCAUCUGGCGCAACGGAGGGAGGUGCUCUCUGAUCUGCGGGCACAGGUCGAAGAGGCAAAGUUGUCCCGCUAA